AUGGAAGAUUUGUCGUCUUUGGUUGGGGCAUCUAUUGCAUGUUAUAAAGGAAUGGUUAGUGAUAUGUGGUUUGAGCUUCUAAACGAAAUCAGAGGAGUUCAAAAUCUUUCAAUUCAAGAUGUCCAAUUCACUUCAGUUCUUCCAAUCUUUCCAAAUAUGAAGCAUUUGGAGUUGAAGGGUUUUUUGCAAUAUGGACUAAUCCCUCAAUAUCUUAAAAGUUGUCCCGAGUUAAAAAGUUUGUGUAUUGAUGAGGUAGUUGGGCGGUUUUUCAAGAAGCCUAAACAAUCUAGUUGGAUUGAACCGAAGUUGGUCCCCGCUUGCAUGCUAGCAAACCUUACAACCAUCAAGUGUUCGGUUUCGCGAGGGUGGAAAUGUGAUAUAAAGUUUCUGGAAUACGUGUUGGGGAAUGCAGAGGUUUUGAAGACGGUAACAAUCACCGGAGAAAACUUAUGCUUAGAAGAAGAAAAACGAUUGUGUGCAAAGUUGCUUGAACUUCCAAGGGUUUCUAGGCAUUCACUCAAACGAUCAAAAGACUGA